AAGCAGACUACAUGUUCUUACUUCGACACGUUGGCUUACCUACACGUAUUCAUCAUGACUUCCUCGCCACUGCUGGUGUGUCUCUCUCUCAUCUGUGCAACAGUAACAGGACUCUCCCUGCAGGGCUUCCAGUCUGUUGACUCUGUCCUGUCUGCACUAAGUCGACUCGAGGACAAGGCAUUUUUAGCGAAACAACGGGAACUGCAUAUCCCUUCACUGGAGGAAGAUCUUGAAGAAUUUGUUGAAACCUCUUCUUUGUCCCGGUUCAAGCGUAAUGCUAUGGACAAGCAUCGACUGUACCCGAAAUGUUGUGGAAGUGUUGAUAAACCGGAUUUUACUCAGGAGACAAGGAAAUUAUUUGAAGAGUGCAAAGCGAAAAUGAAUGAAAGCUCAGAGCACAAAGGAGCACAAGCAUGUGGCAUUGCUGAGUGCAUUGGCAGGGAGAAGGGUGCGCUCGACGAGGAUGGCUAUGCGAAGGAAGAGGAUUUUGAGAAGUUCAUUGAUGAGGCCUACACUGAUGACACUCUGAAGGAUGUAGCGAAACAUGCUGGACUAUACUGUGCGAAGAAAGCCAAUAAACGUGCAAGAGAAAUAAUGAGCGAAGGGUUGGUGGAAAGUAAUUGCAAUCUUGCGGGAAUAAUGGCUUAUCACUGCGUGAAGUACGAGGUCAUUCUGAACUGCCCUGAGAGCCAAACAGUUCACAGUGAAGAAUGUGAUGACUUCCGCCAGAUGAUGCAAGAAUGGAAGAAUAAGGAGGAGCAGAACUCUGACAGUUAGAUACAGGGAUGAAUAUCACAUACACGCACUAAAAUGUUCAACAAAAAUGCAGUUUCUUGUGUGAUGAAAUAAAUGAAGUGCUGGGUUACCGCUGUGAA